GAUUUUGGGCUUGGCUUCUGAUGGAUCAGAGAGAGAGGUAACAUGAUAUCAGUCAGGAUCAAGACCCAAAACUGUAUAACUCAAGAAGUCUUUCUACACAGUAGAGAGAGCUUUGGCUGAAAUCUAACAAAACAACAAAAGCAGUUCCCAAGAUUUUUGUAUAAUCUGCAGUGCAGGGAGAAGUAAUGGCAGAAAGAGCAGUGAUCUCAGUUAUUCAAUAUUUGGGACCAUUGUUAGCCGGAGAAGUAGAGUUGUUGAAGGGUGUCCGCAAGGAAAUUAUUAGUAUCAAAGCUGAAUUGGAGCGCAUACACUUUUUCUUAGAAGAUGCAGAAGCAAGAGCAGAAAAGGGAGAUAAAGGCAUGAAAACAUGGGUGAAACAAGGGAAGUUUCUUAUCGGAUAUAAGACGUUAUCGAUGAACACAUUCUCUUGGUCUCGCCAAAACAACCUGGACUAGUUGGUUCCUUGCGUAAGGUUACUCUAAUGAUCACUAAGCUAAAGCCACGACAUGAGAUAGCUUCUCAAAUCCAAGACAUCAAGACUACAAUCCGUGAGAUCCAGGAAGGAGCUGUUUGAUAUGGAUUCAGUACUAGUACUUCCUCAGAACAUAGCAGCACCAGCACGAGCAACAUCACCAAGGACAACAUGUGGCGUGACCCUUGACUAGCUUCCCUUUUCAUAGGGGAUGACGAAGUCGUUGGCAUUGAAUCUCCCAAAUAUGAACUGAUAAGCAGAUUGGUUGACCAAAAUCAAUCACAACGAGCAGUGAUCUUGGUGGUUGGCAUGGGUGGAGUUGGCAAGACCACUCUUGCCAAGAAAGUUUAUGACAGCCAAGAAGUGGUUGCAUGCUUCAAUUGCAAAGCGUGGAUCACUGUCUCUCAAUCAUACAAGCCAGAGGAGCUCCUCAAGACAAUGAUAAAGGAACUAUCAGGAAACGAUGUUCUACCUCUACCUGAUGAGGGAAUUGAUUCACUCAUAGCCAAGCUAAGAGGAUAUUUAUGUGAAAAGAGGUACGUCAUUGUGUUUGAUGAUGUAUGGGCUAUGAAGCACGGAUACUUCAGCAGUCGGGUGAUCAUCACCACACGCAGUGAACAGGUUGCUACAUUUUGCAAAGAAACUUCAAUGGAUCAUGUCCAUGAGCUUGAAGCCCUAUCCCAAGAGAAGGCUUGGAAACUC